AAUUUUUCUUAUUUUAUUAUUGAAUAAUAAUCAGAUAUGUCGCGUUAUUCUAAGACCCAUAUGACGGAUGAAGAAAUUCGACAAUAUUUCGAAGAGUCGCAAUUGGUAACUGAUACUUCCGACAAUGAAUGCGAUUUUGAUAGUGACGAUUCUGAUAUGGAUCCAACCUACUCACUACCGGAAAAUGAUACGAUCAUUGAUGCAAUGCUAAACUCCUCAGAAAUGAUGCGAAACGCAAUCGAAUGCAGUUUGAAUGUGACAGACUUUGAAGAAAAUGCUGAAAUAAUUGAGCUGCCACCGAUUCCUCCAUUGCCUGUUUGUGACGUUACUUCUAGUGUAUUCUUACCGUCGACAGUGACACGUUCUGUGCACAAAGCAUUAGAAUCGCAAGAAAAAAUCGGAGUCCUACCAGCUGCAAGUGAUUUGAGAAACGAUAUGAGUGCGAUAAGAUCGAUUCUUUGGAAGAAGAAAAAACUUCAGCUGAGUGUUGCAGAUUUGGCUUUUCAAGGCCAGGACAUGCCGGAUUUUUUAAAAUGUUUAAAAACACCUUACGACUGCUUUGCAUAUUUUGUGACCGAAGACUUUCUGAAGGCAAUAGCCUUACAGAUGAACUUGUAUGCCAAGCAAAAAGAUAUAUCUUCAAAGUUUUGUAUCGAUCACCAAGAGCUGCUCGCUCAUAUUGGGGACAAUACGGAUUAG